AUGGCCAACGACGAUUUGGAGCACGGCCUCUUCGAGGACUCCGAGGAGUCGUCCGUGGAAGAUAACACCGCCCCGUAUCUGACUACCGUCGAGGACCCGCCCACUCAGGAGUUCGCAGCGCCCGCGGCCGAGGCCGUUGCCGCGCUGGAGGUUAAACCGGAGCCGGUCACUCGCAAGGUGAUUAACAAGACGAUCCCGUCUUCCGCCUACCCCGUGCGAGACCACCAUCUGGUAAUCUGCAAAUUCCCUCUCGCCGUCUCGAUGUCCGCGUCCCCGUUCACGGAGAUGGAGGAGCGCCAGAGGCUGCGCCAGAACCCGAAGCUGCUGGAGGAGCCGCAAAGCAGCGAAAACGCCGCGAUGAUGCGCUGGCGCUUCGGGCAGGCUCCCGAGGGCGACUCCGAGCCUUUUGGCGUCCUUGAGACCAACACCCACUUCGUGGAGUGGGACGACGGCACGUUCACCCUGUUUGUGGGCAAGACCCCCUUCAACGUCGACUACCGCAGCGAGACCGUGUUCUUGUUGGAGGACUCGCGGCCCGACCUGAAGCCGGUGCACGCGGUGAUCACCGACCGGCUGCAGAUGAAGUUCUCCAACAUCCUGAAGAACAAGUUCACGCGCUCCAAGGACGUGGGUGCCAAGCGCCAGCGCAUGACGCUGACCUCCAUCGCCGAUGCCGUCUCUUCCAAGAUAUCGCUUCAGCGACAUCGCAUAAUGGUCAGGGAGAACGAGCGUUUCCGCCGCAUCCAGCAGUCGACCACCUACGGACCGCGCGGUCUGACUCGCCAAUUUUUGGAGAGCGACAGCGACUCGCAGUGA